AUGAAGCUGGGUAGAAAUCACGCCGUCACCAUUACAAUCCUCGCCACCGCGUGCGCACUUCCCGUUGCUAUCGCUCAGAUGCAGCCGAGCAAGUCCACGAAGUCUGCUGACAAAGGUGCCCAACAACAAGACCGCCGCUCGUCGCUCAACCAGCGUAAAGCACAACCCAUCGGCGAAGUCGAAGGACAAGGCGUACCCUCAGGUCCAGCCGUCUUCCCGCUCGAGUUCCGCACCAUCGACGGCACAUUCAACAACUCAGCAAACCCAACAUGGGGCGCCGCCGGAACGAACCUCGUCCGCUCCGUUGCAGCAGACUAUGCCGACGGCCUCAACACCCCAGCAGGUGCCGGACGCCCAUCAGCACGCAAGGUCAGCAAUGACAUCUGCGCUCAGGGCGCUGUCGCAAUGCCCAACAACUACAACUACUCCGACUUCGUUUGGCAGUGGGGGCAGUUCCUCGACCACGACAUCGACGAAACCCCAAUCGCAUCCCCAGCCGAACACUUCGAUGUGAUCGUCCCAUCAGGUGAUGCAUGGUUUGAUCCAGGCGCCACCGGAACCGUCACCAUCGCCGUUGAUCGCUCCGCGUAUACACACGACAACAGUGGCGUGCGUCAGCAAAUCAACAACAUCUCAUCGUGGAUCGAUGGCACCAAUGUCUACGGCUCCGACACCGCUCGUGAAACUGAGCUCCGCACCAACGACGGAACCGGGAAGCUCAAGACCUCCGCAGGGAACCUCCUGCCGUUCAACACCAACGGCUUCCACAACGCACCAACCGAGCACGACCCGACGCUCUUCCUCGCAGGAGAUGUCCGCGCCAACGAGCAGGUCGGACUCACCGCGAUGCACACGCUCUUCGUCCGCGAGCACAACAGACUCGCCGACCAGAUCGCGAUCGACAACCCAGGAUUCACCGGCGAGCAAAUCUACCAGCACGCCAAAGCAAUCGUGACCGCGCAACUCCAAGCGAUCACCUACAACGAGUUCCUGCCCAAACUCCUCGGACCAGGUUCAAUCCCACCGUUCGCCGGAUACAACGACUCAAUCGAUCCGGGAAUCACCAACCUGUUCGCGACCGCAGCGUACCGUGUCGGACACACCAUGCUCUCGACUCAGAUCAUGCGUACCGACGAGUUCCGCAAUGAGAUCACCGCCGGACACCUUUCGCUCGCCAAUGCAUUCUUCAGUCCGGACGAAGUCAUCAACCACGGCAUCGAUCCGCUCCUCCGUGGUCUCGCGUCCCAGCACGCUCAGACCGUCGAUAUCUUCGUUGUCGACGAUGUCCGCAACUUCCUCUUUGGCGCACCUGGAUCAGGCGGAUUCGACCUCGCAUCACUCAACCUCCAACGCGGACGCGAUCACGGCCUCCCAAGCUACAACGACAUCCGCGUCGCCUUUGGUCGUCCAGCAGUCGUUAACUUCAGCGACAUCAACCCAGACGCCAAUGUCAUCGCAGGACUCAGCGCCAGCUACGCCGAUGUCGACCAGAUCGACGCGUGGGUCGGACUCCUCGCAGAGCCUCACCGCCCCGGCGCCUUCGUGGGUGAAACACUGUUCCGCGUCCUCAGCGAACAAUUCACAAAGCUCCGCGAUGCCGAUCGCUUCUGGUACCAGACCUACCUCCCGCCGCACAUGGUGACCGAAGUCGAGAACACCAAACUCUCGCACAUCAUCCGCCGCAACACCGGGAUCGGUCCUGAACUCCAAGAAGAUGUCUUCUCCGUUGAAGCCGUCUGCGUUGCCGACUUUGCAGCACCAGCAGGCGCCCUCAACUUCCUCGAUGUCUCCGAGUUCCUCACCCUCUACGGCCUCGAAGAUCCCGCCGCAGACAUCAACGAAGAUGGAAACUUCAACUUCCUCGAUAUCGCGAAGUUCCUCGACUUCUUCGCAGCUGGUUGCCCGUAA